UUGCGAGGAUUCAUCUACACUGUUUCAGGCUUUACAAGCUUCGAUAUUGAACUCCAUCUCGGGUCGCCCACCCAGACGAGUGUCGUGGAGUGACUUCGAGGUUCAGAAGCUUUCGCUGACAAAUCCGGCUCCCCGCCCCAAACUCACUUGGCUUUAAUCAGCCAUGUCCCACUCUCCCCAGACGUAUAACCACAACAGAGUUCAGAAGAUCUGUACCCACUUCAGCAAUCGGCAAACCCUUUUUUUCACGCCUGGGACCUCAUGGCGAACAAAAUGCGGAGCUCUGGUGGCUGCUGGACGUGUCGUCUUCGGCGCAAAAAGUGCGACGAGGAACGUCCGGUUUGCAAGGGCUGCCUUGCCCUUGAGAUCAACUGCCUCUAUAGUUAUGAGAAGCCGGAAUGGAUGGACGGCGGAGAAAGGCAGAGGCAAAGAGCAGAAUGGCUCAAGAAGGAAGUCAAGCUACAGGCCACCCGUCGGCGAGAGCUCCGGUAUCUUCAAGGUCUUGAGAUCAGGCUCGAGUCCCAUGACGCCUCGCUCACCGACGACAGCGACACUGCGGCGCCCAAGGACUGGAUAAACGCAGCCCCGCCGUCUAUCCAAACGACCGGUCUCUCCACACCAGAAGCCGGAACACAGGAUUCCACGCCAGCAUCCGCGUCCGACACUGCUCUGACUGAUAUAGCCCUGACCGUUCCGUCUCCUGACGAGCACUCCAGUGCCUCCCCGUUCCCUGGCCUCGAUCUCCGAGCGAGCUUGUCUCAAGAAGCGGAAGCGCAGUCAGCCAUGAUGUACCUGGACUAUGUGUUCCCAUUUCUGUUUCCUUAUUACCGGCCUUCUUUUGCAGACGUCGGGCGGGGUUGGCUGCUCGUUCUUCUCACCAAGAACAAAGCUCUCUUCCAUUCUGCGCUCAGUCUGGCAGGGUAUUUCCACGUCAUCGUUCUCGGCCACAUCGAGGACGCGUCGCCACAUUGUCAUACCCACAACCUGGAACUCCUCCACGAACAGCAAGGGCUGGCGCUGCAAUGGUUGCGGCGUGAGAUGCAAGACAUUAUCACCCGCGGUGUCAAGGGCAAUCUCGCCGAGGCGAACCGUGUGAUGGCAAGCAUAGUCCAACUCAUGACAUGCGACGUCGCUAUCGCGAAACCGGGCAACUGGACGAUGCAUCUGGAUGCUGCAACAGAACUGUUCAACGAGAUUAUGAAGCACCAUGCGAUGGCGGAAGACGGCCAUGCUUGUUUCAUAAUGGUUCUCCUUCAGCUGGGCUCAAGACCUUUUACUUGGACCCCAAAGAAUCACCCAUGGGGUUCGGACCAGGCCAUACUGCGGUUCUUCACGGCUCAGCUACUGUUCUUCGACACCCUCGCCAGCACGGCGCUGCAACAGCCUCCGCGACUUCAACAAUGGCAUCAGGGUCUCCUGGCGACUCUCAAUGAAGAGGCCCUGAAACGGGUGCCGGAGAGUGAAAAGGAAGCGACGGUGCCUCACAUCAAUCUCCAAGAGUUCUUGGGCGUAGAGAACUGGGUCGUGAUUGCUGUUGCUGAAAUAGCCGCCCUAGACUCGUGGAAGAAGGAUAUGAGGCGAGCGGGGUCUCUGUCCGUGGCCGAGCUCGUCUCUCGCGGUUCAGCCAUUGAGCAACGUCUCCGCGGAUCCCUGGUGGCGCUUGAGAACGCCAGUCUCAGCCCAGGGCUGGCUGACGGACCGCAGCAUCUCCUGCAAUACUAUGCCGGCACUUUCAUGCCCCAAAUGAUGCAUGGAUCCUCGACGAACACUCGCAUUUGGGCACAGGCGGCGAUCACCUACCUCAGCGUGGUCCUGUCUGGGUGGCAGCCGUCGAGCCAUGAGAUCCAGCUGUCUGUCACACGGACGGUUGAGAUGCUGUUAAGCCUCCCCAGCCCCGACUGCCUCAGAACACUUGUCUGGCCCUUCACCGUCACGGGUUGCCUAGCCACCCCGGAUCAAGAGCAACUAUUCCGGGACAUGGUGGCAGGGAUGGGGCCGCUGAAGGUUUUUGGCACCAUCAGGGAAGGCCUCGCCAUCAUGGAAAAGGUCUGGGAGCGCCGUGCCGAGAUUGAGAGCAUGUCGGAUCAGUGGGACCUGGCGACGUGUCUUCGCUGCCUCGGCGAGCCGGCCCUGCUCAUAUGAGCCGAAGCAAGUGAUACAAGAUGGGUUUACCCUACGACCGGAACGUUGACAUGGGAACUCAAACGUUCCAAAGAAAGAGACGGCCUUCCCGAAGGGCUCUCCGAACAUCGAAAAGGAUA